CGGGCGCUGCCGGCUUCGGCGCGCUCGGACCCGAAGGCGCGCGACUCGGGCGCUCUCUACUCGGCGGAGUCCGGCAAGCCUGCGUCACGCGUCGCAUGCCGCUGCUGUGCUGCUGCUGUGGGCCGCUCCAUAGUCAGAGCAGUUCCUUCGCGAAGUCAACAGGUCUUCAGUGUGCUUUACGUAGCGUCUGCAACAGUGUACGUCCGUUUAACUCUUUGAUUUAGCAACGUUGCUGCUAACACAACCAUCCCCAGAGAAUGCCCCCCAAGAAGAGAGCGCAGACGAGCCCUGCCGGAGACGCCAGCAAGAGGUCUAAGCAGGGAAGCAGUCCGUCUCAGCGGCAAGAAGGAUCCUCAUUGGACAGCCUGACGAUGGAGUCUGAAGUGGUGACGGUCAAGGAGGAGCUCUCGGGUCCCGAAACCAACAACCUGAGUAGCAGCACUUCAAAUCCCAAGUUCUGGUGCCGGGACUGCAGCGAGGAUGCCGGGGAGGACUGCGUGGACUCGGGCCACUCCGUGUGCUCCCUCCGUCAACUGCGUUUGGGCCAAGCGGCCCCGAAGGUGCAGCGGCUGCAGAAAGCAGCGAAGUCGGCGCGCGAGGUGGUGAAGGCCCUGCUGGACGCCAAGGGCGUGCUGGAGGCCCAGCUGGAGCAGUGGCGCGGCAGGCUGCGGCUUUUCGAGGAGGCUGAGAGGGAGCUGUGGGCGGCGGCGGACGAGGGCCGGGACCUGGAGGAGCCUACACUGGAGGAGGGCCUGGAACAGCUGCUGCAAGACGCCACCACCCUCCUCCAGGCCAAGUGCCAGCUGCAGGUGCAGGUGGACUCGCCCUGCUCCACCUGGAAGGGCCAACUGCAGGUGGCGGCUCCAGGCUCCAGAGGCAGUUUGCUUUGCCCACUGAUGCUGCAGAUGCACCACGACUGGAACCUUAUCAAGGUCUUCCGUGCCGUGGAGUGUAUGCAUGUGGGGAAGCUCAGCAAGCAAAAGGAGCACACCCAAGGGCUGGACGAAGCCCUGCAGAACCCAGGCCUAGACAAGGUUAGGAAGCUGAACGGACUAGACUGCGAGGAGCAGCCCAACUGGAGUAUAGUGCUGCUGCAGCGUGUUGCCCCGCACGUCGAGUGGCUCUUCCUUGAGCACGCCGUCCGGGAACACCUUGAUGUGAUCAGGGACAUGCCAGCGCUGCGCUGCUUACACGUGCAUCUGACGAAGUCUGUCGAGAAUGCUCCAGAGCUACCGCUUAGACUGCAGGAACUGAAGGUGGUGAACGUUUCAGCGGAACACCUCCAGUCGGUGCAGCGGAUGCCCAGGCUGCGGAAACUCGUCUUGGACUGGUACACCUACGGUCCGCUCGACGUGGCGUUCCCCCCUCUGCCCGCGGGUCACUGCGGCCUGCAGUGGCUCCAAAUCUGCCUCCGUCCGGCCUCCACCGUCCUGUCCCUGGCCAAGGCCCACGCCGCCACACUGCAGGAACUGUGGAUCUUGUGCGCCUCGGAGGGAAAAGACCUGUGGCACUUCAAGGACCUGGCCGAGGGGCUGCGCCAGUGCGGGCUGGUGGCGCUGCGGCGCGUUGUGCUGUUGCGUGGACCCGCUCCCGACUACCCUGCCGAGAACCUUCCCCACGCGGCAGAGUCGUGCAAACUGCAGAAGAAGUCCAUCUGGAACAAACUCUUGGCGACGAAAUCAGAGAAGCCAGUCAGGGUCAUGUGCGAGGAGUGUGACGAGUGCCCCGCAUUUCCGCCUCUGGGAGACUUUACCUGGAAAGACGAUUAAUACAGUGCUUUUCAAUUGAGAGGCUUUCUGUUCUGUAUUUUACUUUGUAUCCUGGCAUUCCGAUCCCUUUAUUAAACCCCAGAGCUAAUUGUUUCGUGUUUGGCACGCUUGUUUAGUUUUUAAUUUACUACCGCCUGACGUCCUGGUGCCAUGGCUUAAUGCUGAUUUGUCCUCGAUCCGAUCGUGCACAUCGAUGUUUCUAUGGUACACUUUGGUUUCAGAAACGUGACAUCACGUUCAAACGAAUGUAACAAAGUGUCCCGUUCCUUUGAGCAUCGUGUCACAUUCGUUUGAAUGCGAAUGAGCUAAUUGAUGCCUGAUUCACAUCCAAACGAAUGGGACGCAACGCUCAAAAGGACGUGCCACUUCGUCACAUUCGUCUAAGCGUGAUGUCUUGUUUCUAGAACGAGAGCGUAUGGAACGAUUAUCUCGUAUGUAAAACUAAACCCCCAAGAAGGAUUUUUUUAUCUUUUAUUAGCUUCAUAUUAUUUUACGUGAUUUUAUGUCGUUCUGUACAGAUGGCGUUGUUUCGAACGUAAUUAGACUGACUUAUUGAUUUGGUGAGAUGGAGAGCCAGACUGCUGUGUCAGUUUUGUUUGAUUCGUAGCAUUGUUAGAUCUCCUAAAGCACUUCCUUGUUUGUCAUGAUUGGUUAGCUUUUUGAUACCUACAGCCUGACGUUAAGACGUUGGUGUUGAAGUGAUAUUUCUUCGAUGUCCAUUGUGAACACAAAUCUUUGAUUCCAUAUUCACGAUGUGGCUCUCGUUUGUUGUCUCACGAAAAAUUAAAACCUUUUGAAACUAC